CCCCCGGCGGCUCUGACGGUCAGGUGCGCCUCUCAGUCUGCGGCGCAAACUUGGCGAGGCGAUGGAUUUUAUCCGAUCAGCGGGCUGGCGUUUCUGAACAAAUCAAACUAUGUCGUAGUAGCGUCGCUGCAGCGCCGCACAGAAGGCCGAUUCGGGUGAAAACAAUCACUCAACGAGUUCUAACUCUUCCUGCAGUUCCCUAACGUUUCACAUCUUUUUUCCCCCCCGACAUUGUCAUCAACUACUCUCCUUCUCCUCCUGUCCCCCGCCUCUCCUUUUGCCUGCCCUUUUUCCUCUCCAUCUCCUCGUCUCCUCUGUCAUGUCCAUAUCCAUGAGGAACCCACCUCAACGCCGGCGCUCUCUGGGUCCCGUCUCACCCAAACGAAUCUACAGGAACCUCUCCGUCAGGCUGAGGGGAGGAGAGUCCUCCGUUGCCGCGGCGGUGGAUGCACCCAAGCGCACCAGCAGGCCUGCAGAAGCCUACAAGACCCUGUGGGAGGCGGUGGAAAAUGAGGACACUGUGGCUGUGCAAACCCUUUUGUCCAAAGAUCAUGCCAGCUGUGGAGGAGGAGGAACAAGCUUGUGGGAGAGAGGAGAGAAGAAAGAGAAGGACUGGGAGAGAGAUAAAGAGAAAGGGGUGAACAGAGUGAGCGAACAGGGUCUGGUUCCGCUGGAUGUGGCGGCACUUACCCACAACUCCCCUCUUCUUCAUGUGCUGACAAAGGCAGGAGCCAGACAUAACCCUAUAUUGUGCCGGCCAGCGGACUGGGGGCUCAAGCUGGAUGCCCUGGUGGAUCUGGCCAGUAAUCGAGUGGAGGAGAGGAAGUCGGAGUUGGCCAGAAAAACAGGAGCAGGCCCCCAGGCGCAGGCUGAGGUCCAGAGACAGGCCCGCCUCUGGAGACUCCGGCUGCAGCUGUACUGCCGGAUGAGAGAGAACUUCCAGAACACAGAGCUCCCAGGCCCUCCCAGCCACGUGUCUUUACUGGUAACCAGCACCUCUUCCCUAUGCGUAGUGAUCAAGGAGCCAGAGGGUACCACCAUGGGGCUCAUCACCCGCUAUAAAGUGGAGUGGAGCACCUCGGCCAGCUUCAAACGGAUCCUGGGUACAGCCCAGGUUACAGAAACAAGGAAUCCCUCCUAUAUCAUAAACGGACUGACAGCAGGAGUGCAUUACUAUGCGAGAGCCAGUGCCUACAACGUGAAGGGAUGGGGCCCGCCUCAGUGCUCCACCCCGGUCAGCGCUGCCCCCUCCAGCUGGAGAGAGUGCGUCGGUGUGAAGUCGCUGCUCAGAAACCACGAGAGCCUUGUGAGGAAACUGCUGGAAGAUGCCAAAGAAUCCCACUACAGAGGAUUUUAUAUAGACAGCUCGAAGUCGCCGAGCCCCAGCAAGCGUCUGUCGAUGUCUCGGGGCAUCAAACAACUUUUCCAGUCUGCCACCAAGUUUGUUCGUCUCCUACAAAGGGGCGUGUACUUGGCCACUGUUUUCUACCACAAGGAUAACAUCCUGGUGACAGCUGAGGAUCAGAUCCCGCUGGUGGAGAUCCAGUGCUGCUCCACCUCCAUAAUCCAAGACUUCCUGUGGUUUGCCAAGUUGUCGUGCGCAUGGCAGCAGGUGCCCUGGCUUCAGCAGGGCCUGUCUUCUGCUCACUCCUCUCCCUCCUCCCUCCUCCAGAACAGGCACAACAUCUUAAGAGCCGUUUCUCAGCUGCAGUCUUCUCUAGGAACAAUGGAUUUGGGCCAGGUGUACUAUGAACCACUGAAAGACAGGCAGGGCAACGUGCUGAUAGUGACGCUGAGGGAGUUCCCCAAUCCUCCAUCCGGCCCCCCUGAACCCCCAUUUCACUGGAUGCCUCUGGACCGGCUGGAGAAGAAUCGCAGCAGAACUCCGCUGCUGCCUGAGCCCACCGCCAUGGACACGCUCUACGAGCAGCUGAAGGGCAAACUGUCCUUCCACAGGCACAGCAUUCAGUGGGCCCAGCCCGGUCUGUACGUGGGAAUCCUAAAGCUGUGCAGCUCGGUGGACCAGAUCAGGGUCCUGGUGCCUCAGAAGCUGCCCAACCUCCUCUGCCACACGCGGGUCCGACACAAUCCCCACGUGACCAGGGAGGAGUGGACUUGGCUGCAGAAUCAUGUUUACACAGCACACAGCGGCACCGCUCAGAACUUGCUGAGCGCUGAGGACGAGAGCUCGAUGGAGAGCAGCGGUGUGGUGGACUUCGUCAGGUCUCUGAGAGCCGCGGUCACACAUCUCCUGACAAAGCUCAACAUCCCCCUCUACAGGGCCUACCAGUAUGGCGUGUACACACGGGAGCUGCUGCAGUUUGGUGGGAAGGUCUCCAUGCUGCUGCUUCUGCCUCCCAGUGAGGACUUCAGCUCCAGUUACUGGCCUCUGGUGGGGACCAAAGAGCCCGGCCUCACCAUGCCUCUGCAGAUCUUUGAGCUGGUUCACUUCUGGAUCUACGAGCGGGACUUCCUGUGUCAGUACUGCCAGGCCUGGGUGAGGCUGGAGCUGGACACUCAUCUGGCCCAGCAGGCGCUGCGUGAGGCGCUGGACACCAAGGAGGUGCAGGAAGCCCGGGAGCGCCUCAACAACAUCACUGACCUUUCUCGUCGUUUGGAGAUGGUGUGGAGGGACGCCCGAUGGAUUAUGGACUGUCUGCAGUGUGUCCGCUCCAAGCAGUGGGUGGGAGCAGUGCCUUUGGGCCUGGUGAUGGGUGGGGACCCCCCACCAUGUCCGGAUGGUGAAGAAGAGGAAGACAGCUUGACCGCCAGGUUGAAAUGGCCCAGCCGGUUGCAAACACAAAGAUCUAUAGCAGGAGGUUCUGUCAGUGCGCCCUUAGCGGGUAGCGCCGCGAUCUCCACUCCAGAAGGGAUCACAGCUGUCCCCAAGGAUGCAGCGCUCAUGUUGAUGGAAGGCGUUGUGAAAGGAGGUUACCCCGUUGACAUCAGCCUUCAGUCGACAGCGGACCUGACCGGCAUCGGCCUGCCAGAGGGCGGAUACGCCGGUGCUUUGACAGAGUCUGGACUAAACCCUGCUGCUGUGGAACAGCUGGAGGCCACGGUGUUGGAGACAAUGGACUUUACCCCCAGCAUCACGGACGUCCUCCGGCCGAUGGAGAUGGCGGAGCUGGUGGACAUCUUGCCGGCGCUGAGUCUCAUUGAGGAGGAGAACCCCACCGCUCCAUUCACGCCAUCUGUAAUGGACAUGCUGGAGAACUUUGGACUUGGAAUCGGGGAGGAAAACACCCAUUUUAUUUUUGAGGGCCCAAGCUUGCUGAGUGAGGCCGGGGGGCAGUCGGAGACAAACAGCGUGAGCGAGAUGCUCUGUAAGGGUAUUAUAUCAAACGGAGAGGAAGUAACACCCUCUUGUACUGAUCUAAAUGCUUCAGAAAGCAACCGGCCUGUUCCGGGGCACGACUUUCCUCGAGACAAUGCUCAGACCAAGGAGGUUCCCAGCAGGGGAGCAUCUCUUCCAGCGAGAAGCCAAGUAGAAUGGGAGAGACCCUCCACUAGUUCCUCCUGAUAUCAAACUCUGUCUCUAUCGAAUCUCUGUCACACUCCAGCUCUCAAUGAAGGAAUGAAGUCCCAUUUGAGCUUUUUUUUUUUGAUCACUGUAUUUAUUAAUAGCAGAAAAUGAGAUGAGGAUGUCUUGUAAGAUAUAGGUACAGUGCAGCCUCAUCUGCGAUGUUGCUCCCAGUUUGAUGACUAUAAAUGUAAAGCUAGACCUGUUUUUGCACAUUUCUAAUCCUUUCAUGUCUUCUUUUCUAGCAUGUAGACUUGUGCUCGUAGGUUUACAUUCUGAAUAUGAAAAUAAUACCAAACCUUUACGCUUGCUUGGUGGUUGACGCCGUCGUUUGGUACCAAGCAUUUGUGUUUGCUCUUUUUAAAUCAUAAGGACAGCCGAAACUACCUGAGAGACCCUCUCACUUUACAUGACCUACAUAGCUGUUGUCCCCGUCUGCCUCAAUGGAACCAGCACCAGCGAGGGUGUCUGCCCCUCAACCAUGCAGCCCUUCUUCCUCAAAUACCUCCAUAUUGUGCAUCUGGAAACAAUGCGCCUUAUAUGUCAAGUGAAGAAAUCUGUGGGUUUUUUUUUUGCAUCUUGAACAACUCUUCUGGAAGAUGUGGUCGAAGCUGUCGUUGGUCUAGCAUUUCCAAAUUGAUCCCUCAUUUUUCCAGUACUUAAUUAGAAUCUGAACACUGCUGAUUGUCCUUCCGAAUUCCUCGGAUGUCUUUUGGUGUCCCUUUUCUGUUUUAUGAAGUUCGCCUACCUUCUAACAGAUCCCUCGAUGAGGAUGUUGCUUUCCCUCGUGGUUCUUGAAUGACUAAGUGCAUCAUUGGGUGAAACCACAGGUGACAGAAAUGGUUAUUCCUGUUCUGCCAAGGUAUGUUAACGUUUGAGCACAACUUUAGUUUACUAAACCUGUAUUUCAAAUGUAAAAGUGAUAAUGAUAAGCUAGAGUGGUAGAAAUGACUUGGGUAUUGCUUGCUCACUACAGGACACAGCCCCUUUGGUGCUCGUCUGAGCUGUAACAAACUCUUUCAAAUCAGUCAAAUAAAAGUGCUUCCCUUGGAGUUUAAAAGCAA